AUGCAACGAAUAAUCUCACAGGAUGAUUCCGAUGCGAUGGUUGAGCCAGUAACACAGAGAGGAACAGCCGCAACAACAACAACAACAUCAGGAACAACACUACCCUAUUCUCAUCAUGAACUACCAUUUCUCUCCAUCAAAAAUCCUUCAGCAUCAUCAGGCAAAUACUUUGAAAUUGAAUUGGGAGAGGAUGAUUAUAUUAAUGAUAUUCAUUCUCCAGCCAUGUUCAAACCUCCGACACCCAUCAGUCCGACCAGUAGUUUUGGCUCUACCAGUGCAAAACAAUUAUUUAAUGGACAAGUGAAGAAACAACAAUCCACUACGUUACAGGCAAUAUUGAAUGAAUAUUGCGACUUGACAAUGUCGUCAUCCACAGCUUCUUUGGAAGAGGCUUCAGAAGUAGAUGAUGAAAAUUGUAAAUAUGUGCACGAAAUUGCAUCCAUCAGAGGAUUGAGACAUCAAUUUUAUUUGGAACUUGUAUUUUGGAUUUUAGUAGCGUCAACUGCUGGUUUGUUGCUUAUCUGUUGUCGAUGGAUUAAGUGGAUGAGAGCGUAUUUAACUUAUACUUACAGCAACAAUAGAGGAGAAUCUUUUGAAAAUGCCACAAAAGUAAUUAUUGAGUCCAAAGAUCUUAGAGAGUGGACAAUAUGUAAAAUCAAAAAAGGCUACAUUAGAAAUUAUGACUCUGAUCAGCGAGUUUCAAUAGAACCUAUUAGAAUUAGAUACUUUUUGUACAGAAAUUUAGUAUUUAUUUAUGAUCCUGACUUGGAUAGUUUUCAUAGAGUUCGGUUUAACACUUCCCUUCCAUACUCUAAAAUUCACAAAAUGGCAGAACAAGAGGCAGAAAAUGAAAGAGAUUUGAGAGAAUUAUUAUUUGGAAAAAAUUCAACACAAGUUCCAAUGAAAUCAAUGAUACAGAUUCUCCUUGACGAAAUUUUGCAUCCAUUUUACCUGUUCCAAAUAUUAAUAUUGGUACUUUGGUUUAUCGAGAGGUAUUAUAUUUAUUGUAUUACGAUUAGUGUAGUAUCCUUAAUUGCUGUAUUUUUCAGUUUUUGGAGGACGCACGAUAAUCUGAAAAAGUUGAAAGAAAUGACCUCAUAUCACUGUUAUGUGAAUCGUCUCACUCAAAGAGCUCCUUCAUCAUUCAACAGAACUAUUUAUUCAGAAGACCAUACCAAAAAGAAUGAAGAAAUUGAAACUAUGGACUCUUUAGAUCUAACUCCAGGAGAUAUUAUUGAAAUUACAAAUGGUAUGGUCAUGCCGUGUGACGUGAUCUUGUUAGGUGGACAGCUUAUUGUCAACGAGUCUAAACUUACCGGUGACAGCAUUCCUGUCAAGAAACGUGCAUUACCUCGAGUGGAUGAUAUCAUUUAUGAUGCAUCCAGGGAUUCAACGUAUACAGUGUACUCAGGAACCACAGUUCUUUCUUCACAGCCAUCACAAAGUGGCCUCUUCGCUAACAAAUGUUAUGGCAUUGUAAGUCAAACUGGCUUCCACACUCAGAAGGGAAAAUUAAUCCUCUCCAUCCUCUACCCAAAGACUGGAGUGUUUAAUAUUUAUAGAGACUCUUUCAAAUUUCUUUUUGUGCUGGUAUUUUCUGGAUUUAUUGGAAUGUUAGCCACAAUUAUUACCAUGGUUAAAGCAGGACAACCAAGUGGUAAUAUUAUUCUUCAUGUUUUAGACAUUAUCUCCAUUACUGUUCCUCCAUCAUUGCCUAUUGCAAUGACCACUACCGUGACAUUCACAAUGAGACGACUCGCCAAACGAAGAAUUUUUUGUACCUCUCCUGCACGAGUGAAUAUUUCUGGUUAUGUGAAGAUUGUAAUUUUUGACAAAACAAACACCUUAACAAGGAGAGACAUUGAUGUGAAUGGAAUAAUACCAUCACAGAAAGGAAGUUUUGAACAUUAUGUCAAGAAAAAAGAUUUCACAACAGCAUUUUCGGCUGAUCAUGCAUUACUACGCUGUCUUGCAUGUUGCAAUGAUUUAUCUCGUAUCAAGACAAAUCUUGUUGGAGAUCCUCUGGAUAUUGCUUUAUUUCGAUCUACUAAUUGGGACAUACAGGAAUAUUCUGAAGCAGUAACAAAACAUACUUUAUUAUACCCACAUCGAAAUAUGCAGCAGGAAAAAAACCGAGAUGACUCAUUUUCUCGAAUCAUGGUUAAUGAAUUUAAGAGUAGCCUUCAACGAAUGUCCGUAAUGGUACGAGACAAUACCACUGGGGAUGUAUGGUGCUUUGUAAAAGGAAGCGCGGAAUCCAUUAAAUCCAUUUCCAAGCCCUCUAGCAUUCCUGGAGACUUUAACAUUGUGCUUCGAAAGUAUGCACAAAAAGGAUAUCGAAUUUUGGCUUGUGGAGUUAAGAAAAUGAACGAAGAAAGUAUUUCCUCGCAAAAGUCUAUUUCCCGAGAAGAAAUUGAGAGUGAUCUAGAAUUUGUCGGACUCGCACUUGUGGAAAAUAAGGUCAAAAAAGGAGCAUUUAAAGCUGUUAAAACGCUUACUGAUUGCAACAUCAAAUGCAUAAUGGUCACAGGCGAUAAUCCAUACACAUCCAUCACUAUUGGAAAGAAAUCUCAUAUCAUUGAAAGUAGAAAAGCAAUCUUUCUAAGUGAAUUGAAAGAAAAUAGUGAUAAGACCAUUCCACACACCACAAAUUAUUCACAAAAUAUUUUUUGGAGAAAUGUGGACACGAACCACAAAAUUUCAACACAAGAACUUCUCACCAUGCAAAACAUUGAGCUAGUCAUUACAGGAGAAGUAUUCGAAUAUGUCUUAAAAGAACAUCGAAAAUUUGUGAAAAGCAAUCGAAGAGAGCCAUACAUUAACACGAAAAAACCAUCUUUAUUGCAUGUGAUUGUAACUUCAUGCAACAUAUACUCCAGAUUUUCACCAUACAAUAAGAAGAUUUUAGUUGAGGAAUUACAAAAGAUGGGUUAUGAUGUUGGAAUGGUUGGAGAUGGAUCUAAUGAUUUGUUUGCUUUACAAACUGCUCACACUGGAAUUUCUUUAGCAGACACAGAGACAUCCAUUGCAGCUCCUUUCACAAGUCUUAAACCGAGAGUCUCUUCGAUUGUGACUCUAAUUCGUGAAGGAAGAGCAAGUUUAUUAACUUUCUUUCAAAUAUUCAAAUUUACUGCACUCUACGCAAUUACUAGAAUCAUUACUGUACAAAUAUUGUUGCAACGUAAUUGCAAUCUCAGCAAUUUUCAAUAUUUGUAUAUUGAUUUAUUUGUUAUUUUACCAACGACACUAUUGAUGACACGAACAGAUGCAAGUUUAGCAUUGAAGAGAGAAAAGCCUCCCAAUACGCUCAUAUCUAGAUUUAUUUUCUUGUCACUUUUAGGACACGUUUUACUAGCUGCUGGAUUUUUGUGGAUGGUAUGGACAGAAAUUGAGAAAGAACCUUGGUUUCAUGGAACGACAGAAAUCAAAUUUAAAAUCUAUAGAGAUAUUCCUUUGAGAUCCUAUGAAGCGACGAUCAUGUUUUUCAUUUGCACAUUCUGCAUUAUCAAUAUUGCUAUCUGUAUGAGUAUUAGUAAGCCAUUCAAGUUACCAAUUAUCACAAACAAUUUUACCUUUACCUUCUUUAUUAUUGUUCUGUAUUUGAUGACCGCUUAUCUGCUGUUCUUACCCACACAAUGGAUGAGAAAUACUGUGAAAUUGAUUGCUUUUCCACUCUACUACAAGGUUAGAAUCGUCAUGUAUUCACUGGGACAUCUUGCUAUUAGCUAUUGUUGGGAAAUGAUGUUAAUUGUGAGUCCAACCAGAAGACUCAUCAAGAAAUUUACACUCCUUAAUUUGUUGUUGCUGUGCAAUAGAAUUCUGAAGGUUCUUAAAAUUCCAAGUCCCCUCUUUUUGCUUGUUCUUAUUGAAAACGAGCAAACCAAGCUAAAGGUCUACAAACAAUUGGCCACUUUUAAAAUGGUGUAUCAAACAUCUCACAUGGAAGAAUAG